GAGAGAGGUGAGCUAGAGAGACUGUCUCUCCUGACUGCAUUAGGAGCUUCUAGCUUUUGUGAUUCCUUUUGAUCAAAUCUCUGUGUGAGACACGUGUCAUGCCCUCUUCCAGCCAGCUGUGAGGGGACUGGCCCGCCACCCGGUGGGGGAGGGGUGUGUGUGUGUUAGAGCUCCUAAGGCCUGUGGACACACAGCAGUGCGUCUGUCGAUUGCAGGAGAAAGUGUGUGUGUGUGUGUGUGUGUGUGCGUGUCUGCGUGAGUGUGUGAGUGUGUGUGAGUGAUGGGUCUCUCGCAGUAGAACUUGUACAGACAGGAGAUUCCGCUGGAAUGGCUAACUGCUCAGGAACUUCAGUCUGAUCAAAAUGUCUGAGGCUAUUUGCUGCACGGUUGUGAACUGCAACUGCGACAGUUUCAAACCAGGUAAACUGAGACGCAGACUUUGUGAACAUUGUAAGCAUGGCUGGGUCGCCCACGCUCUUAGUAAAUUAAAGGUUCAUCACAUGUAUCAGGGAAGCCAGGUGGAGAUUGUUCACUCCAACGUGGUGUUCGAUAUCUGCAGUUUGAUGCUUUAUGGGACUCAAGCAAUUCCAGUGCGACUGAAGAUCUUGUUGGACAGACUUUUCAGCGUUCUUAAGCAGGAGGAGGUCAUUCAGAUACUGAACGCGCUGGACUGGACUCUGCAGGACUAUAUUCGUGGCUAUGUGUUGCAGGAUGUGGCCGGAAAGGUAUUGGACCGCUGGGCCAUAAUGACCUUUGAAGAGGAGAUCGUAACGCUGCAGCAGUUCCUGCGUUUUGGAGAGACGAAAUCCAUUGUGGAGCUGAUGGCUCUGCAGGAUAAGGAGGGACAGGCAGUUGUCGUACCAACCACCAGAACCAAUUCUGACAUCCGCAGUUUCAUCGAAAGCAGCAUGCAGAGUUCUGUGCGGCUCCCAGCUAAAGCCGAAGCACCCGGCUGUAGCAACGGACACCACUUCGAGACGCUAGUGAACAGUAUGACCCUUAUGCUACCACUGCUGAAUUCUGUUCCUGCACCAUUCUUGAGCUCGGCCACUGAUUCCAGCUGCCAGGAGGCACAAACCAAACACGAGACAACAGAAAUAAGCCUUGACGCCGUUGCUCCGUUCAAUGCUGGGCCCAUCAGAGCAGAGGUGAUGAUGGACACAGAAUCUACAAAAAUGGAAUUGGAAGAGUUCAAUGUGAGUGGAAACUCCUCGCCCUCCACCCCCUGCACACCCUCCAUCACUUCUGAAACCACACAGAUGUCCCCAGAGAACAAGAUGAGGUAUGCAGAGAAGAGUGGAACCAUGAAGAAAGGUCGUGUAUUCUGCAGUGCCUGUGAAAAAACCUUCUAUGAUAAAGGCACAUUGAAGAUACACUACAAUGCCGUUCACCUGAAGAUCAAACACAAAUGCACCAUUGAAGGCUGUAACAUGGUGUUCAGCUCUUUGCGCAGUCGGAACAGACACAGCGCAAAUCCAAAUCCACGGCUCCACAUGCCAAUGAACCGCAAUAAUCGAGACAAGGACCUGCGGGGUGACCUGAGCCCGGGGCAGGAGGAGGAGGCUGACAAUGACAAGAGGGAGUUUACUUCUGGCCCAGAGAGCCAGGGGACAGUCUCUAGUUUUGUAAUGCGCAACCCAGAGCCCAAAGUGCACAGCUCUUUCUCCGGCAUCAGCCAGAGCGGAAUCCUCUUCCCCAACCUCAAGACUGUGCAGCCUGUGCUUCCAUUUUACCGCAGCCUGGUGACACCAGCGGAACUGGCUCACACGCCGGGCAACCUGCCAUCACUCCCAUAUGUGUCCUCGUCUGUGGCCACCAACGCCUGUCACAUGGAGAUGAGCUCAGAGCCAGCACCUAAGAAGAAGUCGAGAAAGUCCAGCAUGCCGAUAAAGAUAGAGAAGGAUGAACUAGCAGCAGAGGAUGUGUCGUCGGAGGAAAGUCCAGCCCUUAGUCCCUUUACAGAAACAGAAAAUUGUAAUGGUGUUAGCAUGGGUUGUGAAACACAGGGCGAACCUGUGGACUGUGAAACUAUUAACCGAUCCGCACCCCUUAGAUCCAUCCCCAAAGCACAGAACACAGAACUGGAUGCAUUUCUCACUCACGAGGACAGUUACAUCAUCUCGUCAUCGUCUUCUCUCAUAAAUUUGAAAAAGACUCACAACUCCACAGAGAAAUCCCCAAAAUGUGAAGAACCACCAUGUAGUUCACAGCCAGACCGACCCUGCAGCCAGCCAAGCAAUUUCACUGUAAGCCAUGGUGAACACUGUAUAGACAGCUGUAGUGACCCCGAGACCUUCUGCUCAGAUGAUAGAGUAGAACAGUCUCACCCGUGUGAGAUCUGCAACAAGACAUUCAAAAACCCUUACAGUGUGAAAAUGCAUUACAGAAACGUGCACUUGAAAGAGAUGCACAUGUGCACUGUGGAUGGCUGCAAUGCUGCAUUUCCUUCUCGACGCAGUAGAGAUCGACACAGUGCAAACCUGAAUCUGCACCACAGGCUGUUGACCAAAGAUCAUUCAGGAGCAUCAUCUUUCCGCAGAGAUCAUCUAGACUUCCUUGACAAAGAGACUCUGAGCCAGAUGUCGGCCAUUCUUAAAGGAAGCAACCGUACAGGCCUGGUGUUCCCCAUGAGUAAAGCACUGGUGAGAGAAGUAGAUUCAGCAGAGGGCGCUCUGGAGGAUGAAGCUGUAUUAGAUUUAAGCACCAGAGGAAGCACUCACUUUUCCUGGGACUCAGAUAUAGGCAGUGAGGAAGGGCUCCCCCUGGACGACAGCGACGAGAGCUGUGAUGGGCUGAUCGCUCAAGCGUCUGAAUCUCUGCCCUGCCUCAGUCAUCAGUCUCAUGGCUCAUCACCUAUAACCUGUCAUCUUUGUCAGAAAGUUUACAGCAACAAAGGUACAUUCAGGGCUCAUUACAAAACAGUUCACCUUCGACUUCUCCACAAGUGUAAAGUUCCAGGAUGCAACACAACAUUUUCCUCUGUUAGAAGCCGCAACCGACAUAGUCAGAAUCCAAAUCUACAUCGGAACCUCGCAGCAAACACCUUCAAUCAGGAGUUUGCAAACCCUACAGUACAACGUCUUGCGGUGCUGUCCCAGAAAGGGAAAAAAUCCCUGUCACGCACUUCUCCAGAUGUGUUCCACGACUCUGGAACGAUCUCCCUCUUGCCACAAGAUCAGUGGAUUCUGCAACUGUCUUUAAGAAUCGGCUAAAACACAUCUAUUCCGUCAACAUCUGACCCAUUAGUACAGUUUUCUACUUCUUUUCUGUUUUCCUACCCCCCCCCAAAAAAAAUUCUUAGCUUGGUAUACUGUGAUAGGGACUAGUUGUACUGCACCUAUGCAUUGUUGUAAUUUUGUUGCACAAAUUGCUUCUACUGUUUUUCCCCUACUUUGUACGUCGCUUUGGAUAAAAGCAUCUGCUAAAUGACUAUACAUGUAAAUGUAAAUGUAUAAAGCAAGCAUCACAUUUGUAAAAUGUAUACUACAUAGACUGCAGGUUUGUAAUUGGUUUCAACAUAAAAAGAAAAUUGAAUGAAUAGCAACUACAUCAAAUAUGAUAUUAUAUAUAUUAUGGUUAUUUCCAGUAUAUACAUGACACAUUUAAUCAUUCCAGAUUACAUUGAAAUUAACCAAAAGACCAAGGAAGAAUGAUAUAAAACCAGAAAAAUAUACUACACGUAAGAAUUUGUGAAAAAAAACCAGUGGUGUAAAGUAUUGGAGUAAAUGUACUUAGUUACUUUACUUAAGUAUCUUUUUGGCUACUUUGUAGUUGUACUGAGUAUUAAAGAUAUUAGCAACUUUUACUCUCUACUUAACUACAUUUUUGAACAAGUAUAUGUACUCUUUACUCCACUACAUUUGUAAUGACUAAUGCAGUUACACAUUACAUUUUGCAUGGCACCUAUCUUAUAAUUAAUAUUGCCAUUUACAGGGUAAUGAAGGUACUACAAUCUUGUGGAUUUUGCCCUAACUUACAAAAACUUGUCAACAUGGCUUCUUUAUAUGAAUAUGAGUGCAGUAUCAGGUAGAUGUCAAUCACUGGCGGUUUAUACACGGUUAGCCCUUACACGCUAUUUCUACAGUAAUAUAUUGGCAACACUGUUGCCAGCUAGUUGCUGUAGGUCACACAUCUACAAAAGCUCUUAUUUUUAAAACUAACUCUUCCUAAAUGUGCUCUAAACAUGUUUGCUCAAAAUUUGACCAUGUGGUGGGACUAUUGCCAUGAAGUGAUGUAAACCAGUAAAAAGAAUGUAUAGUAUUUCAAUUUUCAAAAGUGGUCUCACACUAUAUAGACAAAAUAUUAACCUAUAGAAUGAGUCGGACACAGAGAAAUGAACAAUCCACAUAUGAAUCUCAACAAUGGUGACAAUCAACUGAACAGCUUCAUGCUGCAAUGCAUGCUGGGUACAUAGUACAAAACUCAUUCAUGAUUGUUUGUCACCAUUGAUGAGGUUUGUAUGUCAAGUGUCUAACUGUGUCUCAAUUGCAAAGAAAGAUUUUCUGACAGAGAUCUUUCCAUUAUAACAUGUAAUCACUUUACCAAACAUAUCUUAAUAAA